AUGUCGAGUCCUGCCAACGCCCACAGACCUCGCAAGAAGAGGAAGCAACCCCCUUUGACUCGGAGUGCAACAAUCACAGACAUUGUCAGGUUCACUGCCGAAGACAAUGUCGUUGCUCCUGAGUUUCCUCUCGUGGCUUUUCUAUGGCCAGCUCGGGGCACGACGUCUCAAUGGAUCCUCCUACCAUUGAUUCUCAUGAUUGUUGGGCUAUUCAGAUGGAGUGUCGGCCUAUGGGGUCACUCGGGCUACCAACAGCCUCCCAUGCAUGGAGAUUUUGAAGCUCAGCGACACUGGAUGGAAAUCACGACUCAUCUACCAGUUUCACAGUGGUACUUUUACGACCUGCAAUACUGGGGGCUGGACUAUCCGCCCUUGACAGCAUAUCAUAGCUGGUUAUGCGGCAAGAUCGGCUCGCUGUUCAAUCGCGAGUGGUUUGCCCUCGAUGCGUCUCGUGGAAUUGAAUCUCAGGAUCUAAAGGUCUUCAUGCGCGCAACCGUCAUCGCGUCCGAAUAUCUCAUCUAUGUUCCGGCAUUGAUCAUAUUUAUUCGUCGCUUCAGUCGGGCUCAAGGAGUCGGAACAACGGCAUCGUCAAUCGCCCUUGUUGCCAUCCUCAUGCAGCCAGCCACGAUCCUGAUCGACCACGGCCACUUCCAGUAUAAUACAGUCAUGCUCGGCUUCGUAGUGGCAUCUCUGUCCAGCAUCUACGCCAGCAGGCCUUUGUGGGCCUGCAUCUUCUUCGUCGCGGCUUUAGGAUUCAAGCAGAUGGCACUAUACUAUUCUCCGGUCAUUUUUGCUUACCUCCUCGGAUCGUGUUUCACGCCCUCGAUUCGACCAGGUCGGCUUGUCUUGAUCGCGCUGAUUACAAUUCUCGCUUUUGCGGUCCUCUUCGCACCUCUGUUACUGGGAUCACUUUACGACAGCUACUACACCACCAUUCCGUCUGGAUCAUUACCCGCACCACCGCUGCUAGCCGACCACAAAGUCCCAACAGACCCCAACACCCCCUUAGAGAUGAUCCUUCUUCAACUUGGCCAAGUUGUACAUCGAAUGUUUCCAUUUGCCCGGGGUCUCUUUGAAGACAAAGUUGCCAAUUUCUGGUGCUUCGCCAACACCUUCUAUAAACUCCGCAAGCUCGAGGGUGUCGUCGAACUGUCUCGACUCUCGGCCGUCGCGACACUCGCAUCGAUCCUCGGUCCCAUGCUCGUCAUCGGCGCCAUUCCGAAAAAGUCACUGCUCCCGUACGCGCUUGCAGCUUCAGCGUGGGGGUUCUUCUUGUUCUCGUUCCAGGUGCACGAGAAGUCGGUCCUGCUUCCUCUACUCCCGAUGACGCUCUUACUCGGUGGGAAGCAGGGGCUGAGCAAGGAAUACCGAGCAUGGAUCGGCUGGGCCAACAUGCUGGGCAUGUGGACCAUGUACCCGUUGCUCAAGAGAGACGGCCUGCGCACGCCGUACGUCGUCGUCACCCUUCUUUGGGCCUACUUGCUGGGACUCCCGCCGACCAGCGUCAACGCAUAUCACGACCCAGACCGACCAAACGUGCCCGGUCGGCCUCUUGCGCCGGAUGAACUGCGCGCGCCGACCAAAAUCCUGCAUUUCCAAACGUACAUUGUCAUGGCGUUCUGGCAUCUCCUCGCGGCUUUUGCUUCUCCGCCAGAGGACAAGCCCGAUUUAUGGGUGGUGGUCAACUCUUGCAUUGGUGCAGUAGCGUUUGGAAUAUGUUAUCUCUGGUGUUUUUGGAAGUUGAUAUGUGAGAGUGGUCUGAUCGACGCUUACUUCGCCGAGACACAAGAAUCCGCGGAGACCCGUGCAUCGUCGUCGCCGUCGCCACCAUCCCCGUCCCGAGAGCGGCGAUCAGCGACGCCGCAAAAGAAGAACAGGUGA